AAACAUUCUUUCGGCACAAUAGGGUCCGGCCAUUUGCUUCAGCACUGCUGCAAGGACACGGGCACCGAGUGGAGAGAAGCGUCUGGGCAGCGGCUACUGAAGAAGGUGUGGACGGCGGGGCAGAGACUUGGAGGCCUAGGGAUGCCCACCGAUGCCCACUGCUGAAAUGUGGGUGAGGGAGUGUCACUGGCACAAUGAAAGAGCUGAACUUGUCACUUCUCAGUCGCGGAUGUGGACAGGAGAUAAAGGAGAAGGUGACCGAUGUCCAUGGGAGGAUCGAGGUCUACUACGAGCCAGAGGAUUACUUCAACUGGGUGUCACAGCGCCACUUUUUCCGGCUGCGUAAGAUAGAGAACGAGCGAGGGCCGCUGAGGCCCCCCGUGUACAUGGCAGAGCCGGUGCCCCCCAGGACCUUCAGUACACGAAAGGGGCCACUCAUCCUGUACUCCGAGGAGCUGGCGCUUUCUGCAUGGACGCUGGCAAAUGCUGACAGGAGGAGCCGAGGGCCACAGGCGAUGGGGGACAAGGACGAGCGGGAGCUUAACACGCUGAGGGACCUGACUGGUGCCAUCCUGGCAUAUGGCAACAAGCAGGCUCGGCACAAAGAUGUCCGCUCAUUUUUCCAGUUUCUCAGCCCACCAGAGGAGAAUGUGGACCGCCAGGUGCGCCCGGGCUACUCAGCUAAGCGGUACCUGGCCUGCCUGUCUCAGACCUGGGAUCCCACCAAUGUCCAGAAGAUCAGAGCAGGUGCCUUAGGGGAUGCCCCACCAAUGCCAGAAGGUGCACCAAGCACGCUGCCACACUACAGAGGGCAGCACGACCUCUCGUCAGCCCCCCGGCCGUACAAAGUGCUGCCCAGCAUUCCGACGGCACUGGAGGCGCUUCCCGAGGGCCGCCCUAUCUGGGACUCAACUUCACCACCAGAGACACAUGAUGACCCCAAGGGAAGGAACGAAAUGCCAACGGAAAGAAUGAAAAAAAACGUUGAGUACCAGAUCCUGAUCCCGGUGCCCUGUAGCGAGCUGAGCCCCAUCCCUGAGACCCGGCUGGGCACGGAGACGGAGAACAGGGACCCUGAGAAUUUCAUCAUCCGCCUGUCACCAGUCAAAUCUAUCAAGGAGGAGGAGGAAGAGGAGGAAGAGACCCCCGCUCAAGCCCUCCGGGCGGCCAUGGCCUGCAUCAGCAUCGAUGCCUCCUGGCUCCAGAGUGAGGCGCACUCCACCAGUGAGGAGGGCACACCCCAGAAAGCGACCGUCCCACCACCAGAGGCACCUGAGCAGAGGGCAGAUGCCCAGGAGCAGUUUCUCCCAUCAAUCCUACCCACCUUUCUAUUGGAUGUCAGCCCACCCAGGAUACCCGAGAGGAAGCCUCUAAGACUGCCACGCCUGGCCGAGCCUUCAGGAACAAAGAGGAGGUGUGAGGAAGUGGAGCUCCCCAAAGAGCUGCUUAUCCUCCCACUGCUGCAGCUGAAGGGCAUCGGGCCAGACGGGGCUCUGGGUCUGGCAGACUUGUUAGACAACGAGAAUGAGAAUGAAGUGGAAACUGGGGAGCCACCAAACAGGCAAGAGCAGAGCGAGAAAGGACCCCCAGGACCCCUGGCUGAGGAAAAGACACAGAAGAAGCUCCUUGGGUCUCUUCAGAAAUUUGGGCUUCCAACAAGUGGACAAGACAGCGAGGCCUGCGAGGGCCAAGAGUCCACGGACCCUCAGCUGCCUCCCAGGUCAUUUCUGGAGAUUCUGCCUCCAAUUGUGAGCAAGAAGGGUCCAAGAAACCAGAGCAGCCUGACCUUCCUCAAAGCGCACCUCAAGGAGCACAGGGACAUGGACGAUGGCAUCAUCAGAGGCGUCCUGCCCUUUGAGAUCAGAGAAUACUACAAAAGUGGAUCAGUGGGCAGCAUCAUUAUGGGGCCUGAUGGGCAGAUUGUCCACCUGUCCCUCCUCGGGUCACUGAAGGACAAGGAUAAGGACCUGAGCGAGGGAAGCCAGGAGCACAAUGGAGAUGAGCUGCAUGGCAUUCCAGGCAUCAGCAUGGCACCCGGAUCGACAGUGUUUCUGCCUCAGGAGAAAGGGUUCCGCCUUGUGGACUACAACCUUGAGCAGCAUGAAAGGUCACCCUUCAACUCAAUGGGCCAGGAUCAGAACACCCAGGUUCGUGAUGAAGGUGGACUGACACUAACCACAAGUCAUAAGGGCUCCGGCCAGCCAGUAGUGGACACGUGGCAGGACACUGCAUUUCUACAAAAAGGCCAGCAGGUGGCAGACAAGAGCAACAACACAGGCUCACUUGGCAGUCAGAGAGGCGGUGGACCGUCUUCAGACCAGCAAGGUGGUACAACUGCGGCCCUGGCGAGUGGCAGGGAUGGCGCCUCGCUGCCUCCAGUCCUGAAGGUCAAACGUAGGAUGGGCUUUGACAUGCUGAAGCAGCCUGGAGAUGCUGACCUUCAGCAUAUGAGAGACCCGAGACCCCCAGUAGCUGCCGCCUCACCCCUUGAGAGCUGGAAGCACCCAGAGGCCUCUGGCGGACCUGAGUCACCUCACUUGGGAAGCACAGCGGCACAUCAUCCUGGGGACCCACAAGCCAGCCACCGCAGACUGGGACCCUUGGUGGACAGGGCCGGUCAAGCAUCUGCUAGCAACAGUAUGCUGAGGAACAGCGGCCAGACAAUGAACAUCCACCCAGAAGGCAACUUGGAUGGCGGCACAGAAGAUGGCAGAGCUCAGCAUCCACAGGUUGGCGCUGCCAGUCACCAGAGGGAUUUGGGCAAAUCCAAGAAGGGAUCAGAUCUGAAGGGGCGCGCUAAGUUUGUUGUGGGGAAGCCCAAGGAGAAAAGACCUGAAGACAAAAGCCAGGCAUCAGGCACAACAGCAAAGACAGCCAAGCACCAGCGUGGACACAAACGUAGAAGGAAGGCAGGGCUGGCAGAGGAUGGGCAGGGACAGGGCGAGGAGGUCAGCUCUGCUGGACAAAAAGCCCACAGUGGCAAGAAAACCCCCCGAAAAGAAGGACUGGACAUGGAAGAGGAGAAGAAGGAGGAGGAGGACCAGGAGGAAAAGGAGAAGGGCAGCACCAAGCAGGCAGCAGGAAGAGAGCAGCAGGGCACCAAGAAAGAGCUGGCUGAUGAAACUGCCCGCAUGUCCUUCAGCAGGACAUCAGAACAACUCAGGAAGCAGGAUACCAACAAGGAAGACGAAGAGGAGGAGGAGGAAGAGGCUGACUUCACCAUCUACAACAGAGAACUGGACAGCAGUGAAAACAAAAACCUCAACGCGAGACAGGCACAGGCGGCCCUGGACAGAAACCCCCCUGCCAGUCUGGUUACCAGUGGUCCAGCUGGCCAUCUUGGGACCCCCAGCACUCCGACUGUGCCCACAGAGCUGUUGGCAGUGCGGGAUGCUGAACGGGCAGACAACGCAGAGAAACGACGGCAGGAAGUGGAAAGGAAGCGGCACGAGCGGGAAGAGCUGAGGAAGAGGAUGGAGCAGGAGAAGCAGGAGCAGCAGGAGCGUGAGGACAGGAUGAAGCAGGAGCUGGAAGAGGAUGAGCGACAGAGAGCUGAGGAGAUGCAGCUGAAGAAGCUGCAGCAGGAGGCCGAACAGCAGCAGCAGGAAGAGCAGGAGAGGAUGAGGCGGAGACUGCAGGCGGCUGCCCAGGAGCGGGAGCGGCGGGCACAGGAGGAGCACCGCAGGAAAUUGCUGCUGCUGCAGAAACUCAGGAGACGGGAGGAGGAGCAGCGGGCAGCUGAAGCUGCUCACAGGCAGGCCGAGGAGGAGGCCAGGAGGGCAGAGGAGGCGCGGAGGAUGCAGGAGAUGAGUGAACUCGAGCGGCUCGAGUACCAGCGGGGGAAGAGGGAGGAGGAAGAGCACCGGCGGUGGGAAGAGGAAGAGCGGCAGAGGGUGGCAGCCGAGCGAAUGCAGCGAGUCCUGGAGGAGGCCAAGUGGCAGGCCUUACUGCUGGCCAGACAGAGGGCUGUGCUGGAGCAGCAGCUCAUCUUUCAGAGGGACCUGCUGGUGGAGGUCGACGGGAUGGAGCGGGCACAGGAGAUUUCUCGACCCUGGGUCUACUCCUACUUUGAGUUGCUGGAGAUGCUCGGACUGCCGCUGCCAGCCGAGGGGGUGCAGAAGGAGGCCUGAGGGUCACAGACAGCCUGCUCUCGGCGCCAUCAUCUGGAGGAUCAGAACCACUACACACUGGAGUUGUGGACUCAGCAGAACAAAACCUUCUUUUAUAAAUA